GAAUUUCCAACUAUUACCUCUCAUUCCCACUAAUUCCCAACUAUUACCUCUUAUUCCUUGGAAUUCCUUGGAAAAAGUUCCUAGGAAUUCCAAAAUCCAAUUUUCAAGGGUUAAUUUGGACUGAGCUGUAGGAUUGCAAACUUAUAAUGAACCAAAAUUCAGCAUUGCCACAUGUAAUCAUGUCUAAAACACCAGCAGCUUAUUGCUAAAGCUUUAAAGUCGGGUUUUGAAAUGUAACUCGUGUUAUUUCUAUGAUAAGCUAGAACACAAUGAAUUGUGUGGCUUGUUAGCUGAUAUCACCUAGCUCUAAUAUCAAUAUUACUAUUGCAGUGAAAGAGGUAGGAAGUUCACUAGUGGCAACACAGCUGUAAACCAGCUCUAGGAAUGGUGUUGUUUCAGAACUAAGUUUCAUGAGGUUAGUUGAUGCUUUCACCCAAGAAUCAGUUGAACUGAGCGGUAGGAACACAAAAUUUUUCUGUCAAGAAUCAGUUGAAAUAAUUAAUACUAUGCAGCUGAGCACUAUAACUUUAAACGCCCAUGCACCAUACUCAUUCAUGCUUACAAAUGAAUUUGUACCCUUUCAGGCAGCAGACAGAAUUACUGAGGAAUAGCUCAUUGCAAUAGUUCCUGAAAUUGUCACUUCUGUGUGCCGUUAUAGGGAGUCAACAUUCAGAACUUUACCACCAGCUGGGCCAAUGGCCUGGAUAUGUGUGCCCUGUUGAAUUACUUCCUACCCGAGAAGAUUCCAUAUGAAACUCUGAAUCCUGAAGACAAAAAGGGGAAUUGGACGAUGGCCUUUAGAGUCGCAAAGUGAGUGAAGUUUUUAAGUCAAAAUGAAUAGUUUGUCUCUGUGUACUUUACCAGCUUAGGAUUCAUAGAGUCAUAUCCAGCUGAUGUUGUAAUAACCCAGAGGCCCACAAUGUGAAGCAAAGUGAGAUAGGGUGUUACUUUCACAUUUUGGUCAUUUAUCUUAACCCUGUACACCCUAUCAUUAGUAUGCAUUGUCUCCAUACUGUUCUCUAUACAUUUCUUAAGGUGCCAAACCUUAAGAAAUGUAUAAUGCUAACAAGGAGCAUUUGCCUAACAAUCGAGAGCCUCUUUAGUUGGUGAUCAUUUCCUUUAUUCUCAUGACCUUAGUGUGUGAUUCAGGAUUGAUAUUGUAAGGAGAAAUUAGAUGCUAGUCACUCUUAGGGGUUAAAGUUUGUACAGGGUGAUAAAAUAAUAGUACAGUAACUUUUAAACAUGAUUGUUAUCAUGAUGGGAAAUAAUCUCGCCUAAAAUCUACUCCACCAGACUUGGGAUAUAGAGGUCAAAUGUGAACACCUGGUGCCAGGUUGUUUUGAUAUUUGGCAACUAAAACACUUUGUUCUGACAGUGUCCUUCUGUGCAGGUGUGUAGAUGUUGCCUAUUCAGGGCAAGGCUUUCAAAUUUCAAGAUCUUGAGCCAGGUUGCUUUGAUAUUGGGCGACUAAAACACUUUGCUCUGACAGUGCCCCUCUGGGCAAGUUUGUAAACGUUGCCUAUUGGUAAAGCUUUAAUCUUACUCCAUAUGGGGUAACAUCUCCUCAGGGGAAUGUAGAAAUCUUGUUAGUGUAUAGGUUUAUCACCCUGGAGGGCUGGUUAUUUGAUAGUUUGUUAUCACUAAUCCAGGAUUUUAAGUUCUUAUUUUGAUUUCUCCUUCAUAAAAACAUAUUAGGGUAAACAUUUUAAGGGUUACUUCUUCAGUGCAAGGGAAACUAAAUAAAAUGAAGUAUUCAUAUUACAUUCUCUCUGCGUUAGCUCCAGCUAUUAUGAGCUACAUGGCUAGCAAGACUGAAAAUUUUUUCGUUUGCUCUUAUCAGUGAGGAGGGCAUUGAACCUUUGUUGGAGUUGGAAGACAUUAUGGCUGUUGAUGUCCCUGAACCCAAAAGUCUGAUCACUUAUCUCCAUUUUGUCUACCAACACUUUUCAGAGAAAAAACAACAGCAACCAAAAGCAUAGACAAGUUCCACUGAGGAUCAGGUUCUUGGUGCUGUGCUUUAAUCCUUCUUGAGCAUAUAAUAUAUUUUAAAUCAGGAUUAAUGAAUUCAUUUUUAGAGUUACAG